AUGGACGAGACGUCGAAGCUCGUGCCCCCGCCCCCGGCGGCGCUGGACCGGAGCGUGUCCGUCGCCGAGUCCUACCAGGCGUCGCUCGAGGGCGGCGCGGCGCGGCGCGAGGCGCUGCGCGGCGCCCGCGCGAGCGUCUACAUGUACCAGUUCUGGGGGUCCGCGGGCUGGGGCAUCUGGAACAUUUGUUACACGUACUACCUGCAGGACGUCGGCGGCUACAGCAGCGGCGUCGCCGCGAACUACGCGACGGGCGAGUGGAUCGCGUACGCCUUGUGCCAGUUUUUGACGACGCCCGUCUGGGGCGCCAUGUCGGACAGGGCGGGCCGGCGGCAGCUGCUCCUCAUGGGCGCCGUCGGCGGCUCGGCGUGCAUGGUCACCUACGCGUACCCCGUGGGCUGGUGGUGGGUCGCCGUCGGCGGGCUCCAGGGCUCGAUCGACUGCACGUGGGCCGUGUGCAACGCGAUCGUCGUCGAUUGCGUCACCUACGGCGCGCCGCCGGGGUCGCCGGACGACUGGGGGGUCGCGCGGGCCUUCCGGUACUUGGUGAUGCCCGCGCGGUCCGCGGCGUCGCUCGACGACGACGUGCGGCAGGAGUUGGCCGCGGCGAUGACGAUGCUCUGGUGCGUCGGCGGCGCGGGGUCGCUCUUCGGCUACGGGCUGGGCUACGUCGUCUGGACGCUGCUGCCGAACUGGCUCGCGAUGAUGAGCUGCGGGCUCGCGGUGUGGCCGGCGAUCGCCUACGCGUAUUUCUACCUCGUCGAGACGAAGCCGGAGACGUCCGACGGCGCGUCGCUCGACACGCUCGAGGACGCGUGGCGGUGCGCGCGCGAGGGCGUCAAGAUCCAGGCGCGCGCCGUGCCCAUGCUGCUCCGCGACCGGCGGAGCGCGCUGCUCACGGCCGCGUACUUCAUGAUCUAUUUGGUGCUCACGGGCAUCUUCGACCUCUGCCUCUUCUGGGGCGAGCGCAAGUUCGACUGGGACGUGGGCAUCACGACGGGCUACCUCAUGAUCGUCACGGUCGCGCCGGCCGUCGGCGCGUUCCUGGGCACGCGCGUGCUCUUCCCGUCGCGGCUGAAGUACGCCAAGUCCAUCGCGCUCCUGCUCGCGGCGUCGGCCGCGGGCUCGGUGCUCGAGGGCCUCGUGCCGGAUUCGACGGCGGCCGUGGCCAUCGUGCCGCUGGCGUCCUUCGGCUGGGGCGUCUACCCGUCCAUCACGGCGCUGCUCACGCCCGACGAGGCCCACGCGAACCAGGGCCACCUGCAGGGCGCGCUCUUCGCGAUCACGACGCUCGGCUCCGUCGUCGCGCUCGGCCUCUACCUCCUCGUCUACGACCUCACGCUGCCGAGCGCCGACUCGGGCACCUACAGGGCGCGCCACGACUACGAGUUCGGCGCCAUCUGGCUCCUCUCGGGCUUCCUCCUCGCGGCCGCGGCGGCCUGCGCGCUCGAGGCCGGCGACGCGGCGCCCGCGGCGGCGCGCGCGGCCCCGGCCAAGGGCGACGAGGACACGAAGGAGGGGUAG